GCAGGCGCGCACGCAGGUUGCGGCAGCGCCUGGUCUCAGCUGAUGCCGUCCUCUUGCCGCCCCUCCCCCGCCCCGAAUCAGCGGCGCCCUGGCGUGUGUAGGCCUGUCGCUCCAACCCCAGCGAUCGGGACUGCAGACCCCGUGACCCUGUCCUCGGGCCUGUGCGCGCCGGAGCAGCUCGGGACUGCGCAGCGCCCCGCGUGUCGAAUAUCAGCAGAUUGGAUAAUAUGACUUUGAAGUUCUUUUCAUCCUUAAAAUUGUAUGACUCGACUGCAGUGCUAUUGCAUUACCCACCUGCAGAGGUUAUAUUGUUAUAGACAUGGGAAAGUCUUUUUCUCAUUUGCCUUUGCAUUCAAAUAAAGAAGAUGGUUAUGAUGGAGUCACAUCAACUGAAAACAUGAGGAAUGGACUGAUUAAUAAUGAAGUCCAUAAUGAAGAUGGAAGAGGUGGAGAUGUCUCUCAGUUUCCCUAUGUGGAAUUCACAGGAAGAGAUAGUGUCACUUGUCCUACUUGUCAAGGAACAGGAAGAAUUCCUAGGGGGCAAGAAAACCAGCUGGUGGCAUUGAUUCCAUAUAGUGAUCAGAGACUAAGGCCAAGAAGGACAAAGCUGUAUGUGAUGGCUUCUGUGUUUGUCUGUCUGCUCCUUUCUGGAUUGGCUGUGUUUUUCCUUUUCCCUCGCUCUAUUGACGUGAAAUACAUUGGCGUAAAAUCAGCAUACGUCAGUUACGAUGUUCAAAAGCGUACAGUAUAUUUAAAUAUCACGAACACACUAAAUAUAACAAACAAUAACUAUUAUUCUGUUGAAGUUGAAAACAUCACUGCACAAGUUCAGUUUUCAAAAACAGUUAUCGGAAAGGCACGCUUAAACAACAUAACCAAUAUUGGCCCACUGGAUAUGAAACAAAUUGAUUAUACAGUACCUACUAUCAUAGCAGAAGAAAUGAGUUAUAUGUAUGAUUUCUGUACACUGAUAUCCAUCAAAGUGCAUAACAUAGUACUCAUGAUGCAAGUUACUGUGACAACAACAUACUUCGGACACUCUGAACAGAUAUCCCAGGAGAGGUACCAGUAUGUUGAUUGCGGAAGGAACACAACUUACCAGUUGGGGCAGUCUGAGUAUCUAAAUGUACUUCAGCCCCAACAGUAAAAACUAAAAGAGAUGCCACUGGAGAAGAAGAAAUCCCUAUUAAUAUUUUCCUGAACUCUGAAGGAUGAGGUACUUACUUCCUGCUAGGAGAUCUUAAAUUGAACAAACCUGAAGUUUACACUUCCAUUUUAGGGGUACAGUUAAAAGUAUGUGGACUUGUACAUUAUUGCAACACUCUACUCUGUGUUCAUGAUAUCUGUACGAGGAUCUUUUACUUGAAUCUAAAUUUGCCAAUUGAUUUUCUUCUCCCCUUGUCCCCAGAGAGGGACAUUGAGACUUCCCACGUAGGACAAUAAGUAAUUAUUUACAAUUCACUGCUUCAGUCACUACUGGAAACAUAAUUUUGAUGAUGAACAGAAUUUGAAAAACUUUAUUUCUGAAUGUUUUUAUAAAGUAUUACUGAGAGCCUGUUAUUCAUGAAAGACUUUGAAAAAAUAACCUUUUUUCUGUUAUAAAUUCCCAUCACUACAUAGUAGUAUUUCAAGGUAUUUUAGCUUUUAGCCAAAACAUUUGUAGUUUUUCAUUUGUUGAAAUUCUACUCAUUUGCACGUUUUUGUCAGUCUUAUUUCAAGCUAGUGCUUGCAUAACACUAGAAACCAAAAUAAUCUUUGCAAAAUUCUGUACCUAAAAUUUUUUAAAGCCCCCUGUUUCCCAUGUCUUUCCAUAUAAGUAAGUUUUGUGAAAUUUUUGUGUAGUCUUCAAACGUAGUUGAUGUACAAUACUGUAAAUAAACUGUGCAUGGCUUUUGUACAGCUUUAAUGUCAAAUAAAGUACAGAUUCAAAAUGAAGUAAGUUGCUCAUAAAAAUAAAUAAAACAGGAAAGUGAAAUGUAGAAACGUACAGAAUAUGCAUAUGGUUCCAGUUACAUAUGGGAUUAGGCAUAAAGUAGUUUUGAAAUGAAGUAUUUGGAUGCUCUACUUCAGUGUUGCUUUUCAUACUAACAAGUUAUGGAGACACUUUUCACAACUCUUAGGUACCCAAGUCACCCACAUCAUCCAUUUUAUGCCUGUUUUAAGGAGGAAAUCAUGUCUUUGGUAGAAGUUAUCCAAGAAAUCUUGUCAUUAAAUGAUGGUGGCUAUAUCAAUUAAAACCUGUAUUAUCCUGUUUAAAAAUUGAGUCACUUUGCACAUCACAUGGAUACCAUUCCUCUAGCAGUGAUAUUUUAAAAUUUUCUGGUUUUUGUUUGAAUUUUAUUUAAAAUUGUUUUCAAAUGUAAAUUACUGACUUUUUCACUUGGCUGUUUUAUAACUUCCACUACCAUUUUCCAUUCUGGCUUCUUGCCUUUUCACUUGACAAGCUCUGAUUACCUUGUAAAUAAAUACCACUGAGGGGUAGGGGCUGACUGUGAUACCAAAAAUAAUAAUAAUAAUAAUAAGUGGCUUGAGAUUAAUUUCUUUCUGUUCCCUGGUGACAGAAGUCAGGUUCCCCCUCCCCUAAAGUGCCUAACUUAGGUCAAACAUACCUAUUUAUCAGUCAAGACUCUCUCAGCUGUAACACACAAGCUUUGUUUAACUGUUUAGAGCGAAUGAAGCUUCCUUUCUGCCUUGAAACACUCAGGUCUCCCCUUAGCUUUCUUAUCAUUUUCUCCACAUUUUCCUGAGUGAACAUUUUAAAUGGGUGGAAUGCACAAACUCUUUUUUUUUAACUGCUUGUCUUACCUUAAUCCAUUGCUAACUCAUCCAUCUUUGCUGUUAAAGUCACCCCAUCACAUCUGUUACAGACUCACUAGUCAAACCCAGUCUUAAUCUGUUUUUCUUCUGUUUUUUUUUUUUGACUACUCCCAUUCUCCUUGAAACUGCACACUUCCCUCAUAUAUUGAUUCUGUUUGUUAUUUUUCAAAUCAUUCUCAUUUCAUUUUCCCUCAUUCUCUUUUGAUAUCUUUUAAUGAGUAUUAUCUAGAUCCUCUUUUGCCUCAAAAUUUCUAAUCCUGUGACUUUAACUAACAAUCAUCUAUCUUAGGGCUUCCGAAUCUUUCUAUAUACCUGACCGGUCACCUGUCUACCUAGAGAUAAUAGUAUUUCAGUGAUUCUUUUUGUGUAAAAUCAUAAAAUAUUUGAAUAAUUUUUAUCAGAUUAUGUUCUCUCCUUGUCCUCAUGUCCCAUUUACUUCAAAAUCACCAUUCGCUUUUUCAGAAUCAUCCUUCAGAUAUGCCUCCUUCAGAAAUCAAUCGUGAUUUAUUUUUCUGCUCUGUAUCUUUUAACCUUGGAAAAGUAUGUAGUGUAAAUUAAAUGGAUUUUUCUAUUGAUUUGUGGUCCUGGUAUCCUUUUAGAGUGCAUGCAUAGUGUCUGCUGAAGAGACAAAGUAAGGGAACAUUUGCUUUUAGUUACUUAGUUUUGAAUAUUUUCUCUUCAUUUUUAAAUUAAAAACUCUUUAUUAUACCUACUUUCCGCGAAGUAUAAGGUAGAAAAACCUAGAAUUUAAAGUAAAUGAAAACCAAUAGUAGAGGAAAAAAGGAUCACCUGUGACUACUCUCAGAGACAUUUAAGUAACUUGCCAGAAUAAGCCUGGAACAGAGCAGGCUGUAAAUUCAUAAAAUUACCAAAACACAUUCAGGUGAAACACAAUUAUAGCCAUUAAACACACACACAGGGAAGAAUGAAUGAGCGUUGUCCAGUGAAUUUUUUCUUAUAUAGUGAUAGGGUAGAUAUCGAUACAUUUUUUAAAACUGCUCCCAGAUCUUAUCAAAGGAUAUGGUAAAGAUGUUACAUUUUUUUCUGAUACUCAAUAGUCUCUUAAAUUACCCUUUUAAUAAACUGGUCAUUCUAACCAAAUCUAAUACUAUUAACAAGUCUCUGUUGAUACAUGUAUCUAAUACUAUGCCCUUCUAGAGCUCUUUCUUACGUUUUUCUUACAUGAUUUCACUCGUCCUGUGAGUCAGACAAAGGGUGGCAGAUUUCUCAUCUUUUAGAACAGGAGGGAGAGGCAUGGAGAAGUUAAGGGACUUGCAGAAGAUCACAUACUUAGUAAAUAGUUUUAUUGGGGCCAGCCCUAGUUUUGCGGUCUCUCAUGUAUGUGCUCUGUCAUUUAAAAUAGAGUCCAUUGGGAAGCCCUGUUGACUCAGGUUAACUGAUUAAAACUCAGAGAAAACAUUCACUUAGUGAACAGUGACAAUCAAAAUAAUACUGAUGGACUAAGAUUCGGGUGGUUUUAACUUGGUACCUGAAAUACUCUAAAUGAAAAAUGAGCACUUAUACAAUAUUUUGGUAUAGCAUAAUCUAUAGCUGAUUUCUUCUGUUAAAAUUUAUACUCCUUGAUCAUUCCAGUAAAGAUAUGGCUGUAGGUUGUCAGAGUAGGCUAUUUAUAAAUAAUAGAGAUUAGUAUAUUUGAGAUUUGAAAUAAGAACAGUGUGAGAAUAUUAGAUAGCAGAUAAAUUGCUUGAAAUUGCUAAAUAACCACCUUUACUGUAGUACCUAACAUGUAAACGACUGGUUUUAUUUGUGAACAGUUUUUCUGUGCCUUUCUUGUUCAGGCCAAUGAGGUAAUUAUUUUCUAUAAGAGUUCAUGACAACUUUUUGGAAGUGAUACAGUACAGUGUUAAAAUAGAGGGAGAGUGAUUGCCAAAACGUAAUAAAAGUAUCAUUAUUGCAAUGUAAUGCUGGGUGUUUUGUUGUAGAGCGUGUCCCCAACUCUCUUCUACACCAAUUUUUUAAAAAUUCUUAAUUCUUCAUAAUGAUUCUAUUUCAUUUAAGAAGAUAGUUUGUUAGGUGCAUGACCCCAAAAUAAGUCACUCACUGUUCAUGUAACUAAUAUUUAUUACUUACUGUGUCAGAUAUUGUAAUAAUCUCUUAUAUGGAUUAUCUGAUGGGUACUCACAAGAGCCCUCUAAAGUACAUACUGACGAUGCCCCCCAUUUUAUAUCUGAGGAGAUCCAGUUCUGGAGAAAUGAAGAGUCUGCAUAAGCUUGGAAUGGCAGAUUUGAGAUUCAAAACAUGUCUGAUUGACUCAAACUAUCAUUGCUCUUACAAUUAGCAUAUUUUCUUUCCAGCCUUUGAAAAUGCUUUGUUUGUAAAAAUGUAUUGGUUGUUAGCACUUAAUAUAUAAGAUUUUGAGGUUUUUGAUAGUAUUUUCAAAAUACUAUUAGAAUACUUUAUUAUUUUGUAGAUCUUUGGUAUGAUAAAAAUCGUUUAUCAGUGAAUUUUAAAGUUUUUGAAAUUCAUACUUAUCUGUUACACAGGAUUUUUUUUUUCUUUUUAAAAGAUAUAAAAUUUUAAAUUUACAAAUAUACAUCAGACUUCUUUGGUAAACAGUGUGAAUUGAAUUUCAAGGUAUUAGUUGCAAACCAAAGGUUACUUACCAUAGUGUCAUGAUUUUUAGAUCAUAAUAUCUGGAAGCAGGAACUACAUGGCUCAAAUACAUUUAAGAAUGUUUAAGUUUUAUUUGUCUUUUUGGUAAAAUCAGAUUUUAAAUGAGAUGUUUAUCUGAAACUAUUUUAUUUUAAGGAUAAUAUAUGUGUUUGAGAAGAUGGGGUGAAAAGACUGUUAAAAACAUUAUUUCUUUAAAAAAAAUUAUUUUUACAUGAGAACAAUAUAUUUGUGAUGUGCUUUGAUCAAAAAUUUUACUUCUGUAUCCCCGAUCUACUUAUUUCAAAGUAAAAGUUUUCACUUAGCUGAAAUUUCUGAUUAGAACUAAUAUUUGUGUAUUUUUGUGCUUAGUGAGAAUGUAAAUUUCACAGUGGAUUUUUGAAAUUUAUCCUUACUUUGGAUAAAAGCAAGUGAUAUAUUUAUAAAAUUACUAUAGAGUUGAAAAUGGUAUUUCCAUUUUUAAAAAAAAACUAGUGUGAUUAUGUUCGUAGUUCUUUUUACACAUGUUUAGCACAGGCUCUAAAUUAAAUAUCUGUAUUGACCCUAAAAAUAUUCCAUAAAUUAACAAAUAUUUGGCAAGUUUUUCAUAGCUAAAUAGCUCUUCUAGAAGGAAAUUGUUGCCUUCUGUUUAAUUACAUUAAUUGAAAUGUGUUUAAGAGAAAUGUUUUGAGGAUAUUUUGUAUACUAAAAAACAAAGGAUUAGUAUUGGGCCAAUGGCCAAGAGGUAAUAUUACUACCAUGUAGACUAUUACUGUUCAAAUUGUCCCACUUCCCCCAGAAUUUUAGAAACUAGAAGUCUGGGAGAUAACUGUAUCAGCUGUGGUCAGGUGAUUCUAAGUGCUGUAAAUAAGUACUAUUCAUCUUUUAUUAUUGUGUGAGAUGGAACAAAUGCCAAGUUGGCAAAGGAUGCAUAAUUUCAUUAUGUAAUGGUUUGUUCUAGGCAUAAAAUAUCAGCAAGCUAUGCCUUGUGUUUUGUUGUAUAUUUCUUUGUAGAACUAAAUUAAGAUUUUGGAAAAGGAUUUAAAAUGCUUGCUGACUUGAUCUGAUCAGUCACACAUUUGAAUGAUGGCAUUAUUGGGUAGAUUCUAAUCCAUGAUUGUAAUUGUGGAAUAAAGAAUAAUAUAGAAUGAAAGAUUGUGUUUGGGCAGUUAACUCUUUGCUAAUAACAUGUGUUAGCCUCCAACAUAACACACUAAAUUUCCAAGUUGAGCAGUUCUGUAAUUGUAAUUAUUGUUGCUGUUCAUGUAACAAAACAUGCUUACAUUAGUAAAAGGAAUAGAAGUGCCCCCAAAUGCUAUUUUUUUAAUUACUUGUAACUGUUGCUCUUGUAAUUGUGUAUGACAAAAUAAAAUUUGUAAACAUUUUUGCAUGAAAAAUAAAAUUUGUAUCAGUCCAGUA